AUGCUCGACAUAAACGACUUCAUCACGGAGCGCGGAGGGAACCCAGAGCUGAUCCGGGAAUCCCAACGACGCCGCAAUGCUCCAGUUGAGAUUGUCGACGAGAUCAUUAGCCUCUUUGAGGAUCACCGAAAAACUAAUUAUGCUGCUAUGCAGAUGAACACCCAGAUCAAUGGCGUGCAGAAGCAGAUCGGAGCGAAGAAGAAGGCUAAGGAGAACGCCGACGAUCUCCUCCAGGAAAAGGCCAACCUCGAGAAGGAGAAGAAGGCGCUCGUCGAUUCCGCCGCCGAGAAGGACACCCUCCUGAAGAAGAAGCUCAAGACCAUCGGCAACUACGUCCACGACUCCGUCCCCGUCAGCGCCAACGAGGACGACAACAAGAUCGAGAAGACCUGGGCCCCCGAGGGCGUGACCGUCGAGAAGAAAGAAGGAGUGCUCUCCCACCACGAGGUCCUGCUCCGACUUGACGGAUACGACCCCGACCGCGGUGUCAAGAUUGUUGGCCACCGAGGAUACUUCUUGCGCCAGUGGGGUGUUUUCUUGAACCAGGCCCUGAUCAACUAUGGCCUCUCCUUCCUCAGCGAGCGUGGUUACACCCCCCUUCAGACCCCCCAGUUCAUGGCCAAGGACUACAUGGGCAAGACUGCCCAGCUUGAGCAGUUCGACGAAGAGCUCUACAAGGUCACUGACGGCGACAAUGAGAAGUACCUCAUUGCUACCUCGGAGCAGCCCAUCUCUGCCUACCAUGCCGACGAGUGGCUUGUUGCCAAGGACCUCCCCAUCAAGUAUGCCGGCUACAGCACAUGCUACCGCCGAGAGGCAGGAUCACACGGCAGGGACGCCUGGGGAAUCUACCGCGUGCACCAGUUCGAGAAGAUCGAGCAGUUCCUCCUCACCGACCCCGAGAAGUCCUGGGACGCCUUCCACGACAUGAUCUCCAUCUCCGAGGAGUUCUACAAGAGCCUCGGCCUCCCCUACCAGAUCGUCUCCAUCGUCUCCGGGGCUCUCAACAACGCCGCCGCCAAGAAGUUCGACCUGGAGGCCUGGUUCCCCUUCCAGGGCGAGUACAAGGAGCUCGUGUCCUGCUCCAACUGCACCGACUACCAAUCCCGCGCCCUCGAGAUCCGCUACGGCGCCAAGACCCAGACCGAGACGAAGAAGAAGUACGUCCACUGCCUCAACUCGACCCUCUGCGCCACCACCCGGACGAUCUGCUGCAUCCUCGAGAACUACCAGACACCAGAUGGUCUGCGCGUACCCGAGGUUCUCCGAAAGUACCUCCCCGGCGAGCCAGAGUUCAUCCCCUUCAGCAAGGAGCUCCCCAAGGAAUCCACCUCCAAGAAGGCCCUCCCCAAGAGGGAGAAGCCCAAGAACUAA